UGCCCCGGAGUUGUGCAGCCCGGAACUGUGCAGGCAGGAAUAAGAGGGGGUGGAGACGGGGGGAGGUGGCAGCGUGCUUCCAACACAACGACACCCAACUCCUGCAGUUCUCUUGUCCCUUUCUCUGCCGAAUAAACCGUCCGUUAAUUUACUCCAAGCAGCCUCCGGAUUGCCUCCACUCUAUGGCUAAAUCCCCUUUGCCCUUAGCUGGGGCUGCAUCUCCAUUUUUCUCCCUGUCGUUAUUAUUUGUACAGGACACGUCUGGUAUCUCAGGAACACUUGUAGUUUGCUUCCUCCCGCACUCAGUGGGAUCAAAUCUGCAGUUUCAGAGGUUAUUUUCGGCAGCAAGCUUUGCACUCAUGAAGAUCAGCUGAAGGAAGAGCGAAGUGCUCCUGAAAGCAGCAGAAGGGCAUGCCAAACCGGGACAGCAGAGCUGGCUUCUGCUUCGGUUCUGCUGCCCUUUGCGGGAGCGAGCCGGUGAAGCUCAGCUGAGGUGCCACCCUGCAGAGGAGGAGACCUGACCUAUUCUGCAUCUCUGGGUGCCUGCAUGGCUAGCAGGCACUGGAGAGACUGUGGGGGUUGCUGCUGCUGAGCAACAACACAUUGCUUUAAACUAAGCCUCAACUUACCACAGCAAGGAUGGCAACACUACUGGAGCUUUGGAGCUGCCAAGAGAAUCGGGGAACCUGGGUUUUGUUUGCCACUAUCUAAUAAGUGGGAGUAAAAUGGAAUUUCUUACCUGGCUUUUUCCUACCUUGGUUCUACUGUGCACCCAACAGCACAGGUGUAUCAGAGCUAUGAAUGACAUUGGAGAUUACAUAGGUUCCAACAUUGAAAUAUCCUGGUUGCCGAACCUGGAUGAUUUGAUGAAAGGGUAUGCACGUAAUUUCAGGCCUGGGAUUGGAGGUCCUCCUGUUAACGUUGCUCUUGCAAUUGAAGUAGCCAGCAUUGACCACAUCUCAGAAGUUAACAUGGAAUAUACCAUGACAGUGUUUUUGCACCAGAGCUGGCGAGAUGACCGUCUGUCUUACAACCACACCAACGAAACAUUGGGUUUAGACAGCCGGUUUGUGGACAAGCUCUGGUUGCCAGAUACUUUCAUAGUAAAUGCCAAGUCUGCCUGGUUCCAUGAUGUAACUGUGGAAAACAAACUUAUCAGGCUCCAGCCAGAUGGAGUCAUUUUAUACAGCAUCAGGAUUACCUCAACAGUGGCCUGUGACAUGGACCUUUCCAAGUAUCCAAUGGAUGAACAAGAGUGCAUGUUGGAUUUGGAAAGCUAUGGCUACUCUUCAGAGGAUAUCGUCUACCACUGGUCAGAAAACCAGGAAGAGAUCCAUGGGCUGGAUAAGCUGCAGCUUGCUCAGUUCACAAUUACCAAUUACCAGUUCACAACAGAAAUGAUGAACUUCAAAUCUGCAGGUCAGUUUCCCAGGCUAAGCCUCCACUUCCACCUUCGGCGGAAUCGAGGCGUUUACAUCAUUCAGUCUUAUGUUCCUUCUAUUUUACUGGUGGCUAUGUCAUGGGUAUCCUUCUGGAUCAGUCAGUCAGCUGUGCCUGCCAGAGUGUCAUUAGGUAUAACUACAGUUCUUACUAUGACUACACUGAUGGUCAGUGCCCGAUCUUCUCUUCCACGAGCAUCUGCCAUCAAAGCACUUGAUGUUUACUUCUGGAUUUGCUACGUGUUUGUCUUUGCUGCACUGGUGGAAUAUGCAUUUGCACAUUUCAAUGCUGACUACAUGAAAAAGCAAAAGAACAAAAUAAAGGCAAAAAGGCGGAGUGGAGAGAUAAAUGUGAAGAAUGCCAUUGUUCUGUUUUCCCUUUCCAUAGCUGGUGUGAACCAGGAACUGGCUAUUUCCAACAGGCAGUACCGAAUUCCCAGAAGCCUGCCUGGAUCAUAUGGCACAGUAGAAAUAGAAACUGGGGAGACAAAACAGCAGCAUGAAAUGAAACUGGAUAAGAAGAGUGGUCUGAAGUCCCUCUUUAAGCCCAUCGAUGCUGAUACUAUUGAUAUAUAUGCCAGAGCGGUGUUUCCAGCAGCCUUUGCAGCAGUCAAUGUUAUAUACUGGGUUGCUUACACAAUGUAAAAACAGAAGAAAAGAUUCUGUGAACACCUGCAAACUGAAAAAUACUGAAGAAUAUCUAUAUACUACAAAGCAGAAACUGUAUGGAUGCAUCUCUUCUCAAAGUAUUUUCCAAUGAAUUUGAGACACUUCUGAAGCAAAGGAACUCCUGUAAUUGGUUACCACUAAAGGCAGCAGAAGAAACAAUUUAUUACCAAUUUGAUUUAUUAAUUAUUGUACUCUGCCAAAAAAAUCCCAGCUCCUUUUGUUUCUUGUCUUAGCGUGAGACAAUUUGUCAUGUGUACAUAUUUGCAGCAAAAGUGCAAAUCCUAAAUUGCCAUGUUUUUCUCCAUUUAAGGACUGGUCAGUAAUGAGGGCUUAUCUCUUCACACUCACAGAAGUUUCCUUUUUUUCCUAUAUCAGGCCUUCUUCCUUUUUUUCCUAUAUCAGGCCUUCUGUGGGAUGGACCAGGUUUAAUAGUAGUGAUAAAGUUGGAAUUUUUAAUCAUAAAAUCUCCUUAUCCAAGUAAAAGGGAAUAAGAGGUAGGUGGAGGAUUUUUUUCUUAAAUUAUUGUCUUCGAUAAAGUAUUUUACACAUUUUAGUGCUCUUAGUCACAGCAUGAAAUAAAAUAUACAUAGACUACAAAUGCAGAUACACAAAUAGAAUUCUACUGAGUUGCUAACAAUGACUGUAUUACAUUUCAGAUCCAAGCUAAGGAAAGCUUAAACACCUAAAUACAGCAAUGCCUAUUAGGUUAAUAAGCCCAAAAUAGACAGGUGAUUCAGAAACACAAAGAAAACGAAGAACAGAAAUUUUAAUUUUCAUAUCUGUCUACCUCUUGAUAAGCAAGAAAGCGGUUAAGUCCAAAACAUUCUGCUCAGCACUUUGAACAGUAUCACAAGAGCAGCACACUUGAGGAAGGUCAUAAUGCCUUUCUCCUCUCUGUUGCAUUCAUGUAAAUUAGAAAUAAUCCUUGUUUUAAAGUCAGUGGAGAACUCCUGUUUUGAGAGUAGAGUCUAACCUUGUUUAGGGGCAGGUUUAGCUCAGCUGGUUAGAACGUGGUGCUACUAAUGCCAAGGUCACAGGUUCAGUCCCCAUACAGGCUAUGCUGAGGGUUGGACUAAAUGAUCUCCAGAGGUCCCUUCCAACCUUACCAUUCAAUGAUUCUAUGAAACGUAUCCAGUGAUUUCUCUAGCUAAUAGCUUACCACACUGCCUGUUAGGGUUAGCGUCUGUUGCUAAGAGUGAAAUUAUGGGCUAAAUCCAGUGGAGGAGAUACUUGCAACAAGCUCCAGUGGAGUAUAUAUCAUAAGAAAAGUAAAUGUUGAUUUGGGAUUAAAGUUACUAAGGAACAGAGAACAAAGCACUAACCUAGUCCCUCUAGUGUACAAUUGCUGGUUAUUCAGAGUAAUCAGCAAGAAGAAGGCUGCAGAUAUUAUAAAGGCAGUGUCUAAUUGAAUUACUUCAGCAGUAAUACUUUGUAAUUGUAAAUCUGAUAUAACUCCUUACCUGAAGCCAACUAAAUAAUCACAGUGAAUUAUCAGACAAAAUUAGUUGCUUCUCCUUCUCAGAGGCAGUCACACGCUGCAUGCCCUGAAUAAAUCUGAAGAAGUCAGCAAUGAAAUUUCUAUAGUUUGACUGUAGGUCUUCGAGAUGCAAAGCUCAGUUGUGACUGAUCAAAGUAAAAGGUGGAAGCAAUCUUUCCUUCAAAAACCUAAAGCAGUGAAUCAGCCAGGAGACAUUAUGCUAGGCCAUCACAAUGUUACAGACAGAGGCAUAAAUAAAAGAAAGAAAGAAAAAAUCAUCUCAAAAUAUUUCAGGCAGUCAGCAUGCACACUGUGAGCAUACAUAUGGCAAUAGUGUCCAUUCCAGGAAUUAGGUGACUCAGAGAGGAGAACAGGUGUUUCAGCUAUUGUUACUGCACAAGUACUUGCAGGAGUACCAUAAGAGAAAAUAUCUCCAUCUUAGUGUUCUCUGUGUCUCCAGAGGCAGAAAUAGAAAAGAUAGAUGCCAGAUAACCCCACUUAUGGAAGAACCUUCAGCAUUGAUUAGUGAUUAAUUAUGCAUAAAUUUGAAGGUUCUGAAUUUUGGGAUAUGUUUUACAUUUCAUUUUUUAAAAAUGUCAACAAUAAGGACUCUGAGUGCAGAUAAUGCUGUAUUUACAACUAAACACAACACUCAUUUUACAGAGCACUGAAUAAAUAGAGAUAAACUAAGUCUGAUGUCAACUGAAGGCUAUCCGAGCUUUGGAUGUGCUAUACUAGUGUAGAGGAGAGAAAGAAAAACUACAUGACAGAAUAGAAGGAAUUUUUUCUGUGCUAUACCUGAAAGCAUUUGUAUUUCUUUCAGCGCUUUAGAAUAUUGCUCUACGGACUGGUACUUCUGUGAGAAAGAGAGCAGGAUAUGUGUUAAUGUAAUCACUGUAAAUGUUGAGGUGUUAAUAAAGUGUAGAU